AUGACCAACCUCUUUGCCAAGGGCGAUUUCAUGCAAAAGCAGUUCAAGGAACUUGAUCGUGAUGGAGACGGUUUCAUCACGGAAGAUGACUUGAAGGCUUGCAUCAAAGGCCAUCCAGUUCAUGGUUGCGCUAUCAAUUGUUUCUUUAGGCGAUAUGACCAAGAUGGUGAUAGGAAAAUUUCAUUCGAAGAAUACCGAAAUGGACUACUUGCUUAUCUCUUCCAAAAUAUUCAAAAUGAAGAAAUGGCUCGUUCACUGUUUCAAUUUCUGGACACCGACAAAUCUGGAUCAGUUAGUGUGAAAGAGCUCUACAAGUUCUUCGAAAGCUGCAUUGGAACACUUCCGAAAGAAUAUGUGGAGAACUUUUUGGUGGGAUUGGAUGCAAACAAUGAUGGUGAGAUUAGUGAAAAGGAGUUUCUGGACUUCGUCAAACGCAACAAGUCCAAACGAUGUUCUUGCUGUCAAAACACUCAACAACAAUUUAUGCCCUCCGCUAUGCGUUAG